CAGCUGAUUCGUUGAUGUACCAAAAUAUUUGUUUACAAACCAAAACAAAGUUUUUGUGAUUCGACUUUUGGUAAUUUUUGCAAUAUCGGGCAGAAAAAGACAAUGGCCUCAGCUUCUAGCAGUUCAGCACGCCACCUUUUUGGCGACAGCAAAAAGCGACUUUGUGACCGGGUUGGAGUGAACGUAAACAACUUGGGUUCGGUAGCACGACAGGUUGUGCGUGGUUCUAAAUCAAAUGAGAUAUUAGGACAAACGAUCAAAAAUUUCACACAAGUGGACAUUGUGUCAGAUUAUAGCAGUCAAAAUUUACAUAAAAUGCAGCUCAUACUGCAACAUGUUGAUUAUCAACAUGAGAUAAUGCUUGAUAGUGUAAAUCAUAUGGAUUACCUGAAGGAUCAAGUGACGGCCAUGGAAAGAUGAUUGGAAGAGAGUGGCUGUAGAAAUUAAACAUGUGCUUGUGAAUCUUUCUACGCCAACUUAUUUAAUAUUAAAUUUGUAUCUGUGCUGAUUUCAUUAAUUACUAUUUCUUUCUGUUAUUGUAAUUAAAAAUUGGGUUUAGAAGUAAAAUGAUAUCGGUUCAUGACGGCGUGCAGGUGAUCGAUAACAUAGAAUAGAAUGUUGUAACUGUUAUCAAUUAUUACUUUAUUAAUCUGAACGACUUGAAAACUGAUGCGGACGUGUUAUAAAAGAGCGGGGUCUUUUGGAACAGCAUUCCAUUGAAUGUAUUUUUUAAU